UCACAUUAGGUCAUUGUGCCAGAUCAGCCUGCAAACACAUACUUGAUUCCGAGAGAAAAUAUCACGUCCUCUAAAACGUCGAUUGUGCAGUGUUAAGCAUAUCCUGGGAAACGAUUGUUGCGGGUUCAAUGGGAUGCUAAUGGUCUAGUCGGUAUACAUUGCUGCUAGCUGUUGAUUGUUGGUAUAUAUAGAUCUACACGCUGGUGGGGAUAUACUGUGAUUUUUGACGAUUACAAUGGCAAGUCGUCUACGGAUUGCGCUGCUGCAGUUAUUGGCGAGAGAGAGAACGGCCAACAUUUUGCAGAAGGCUGAACAAUACAUCUCGGAGGCCGCUAACAAUGGCGCCAAACUCGCCAUUUUGCCGGAGCUAUUCACCACGGAGUGUCACCCGCCGAUCUUUGUGCAGAAGAAGGAGAGCAUACCAGAAGGAGAAACCAGCAAGUUCAUCUCUCACCUGGCCAAGAAACACAGCAUGCACAUCAUUGCAGGUUCUAUAGCAGAGGAAAUCAAGGGCAGUGAGAAAAUGAAGAACACUAGUGCGGUAUUCAAUCCAAUGGGGGAGUUGAUUGGAAAAUACACCAAGAUGCACAGCUUUGACGUGGACAUGGGAGAAAAUUUUUCCAUCCAUGAAUCGGAAUGGUUUGAGCACGGCAACAACACGUUAGCUUUUGAAACGGAUGAGUGUAAAAUCGGGGUAGGAAUAUGCAUUGAUCUUCGCUUUCCGGAAGUAUCCAGAUACUAUACUGAACAAGGGUGUUUAUUGCACGUGUACCUUGGAGCGUUCAGUCAGGAGAAAACCGGCCCUGCGCACUGGGACGUGCUACUCCGUGCACGUGCGAUAGACAACCAGGUGUACGUGGCGGCGUGUUCACCGGCCGCUGACCAGACUCACCACUACGUGGCGUGGGGACACAGCGCUGUGGUGGACCCCUGGGGAAAGAUAAUAAGCCAGGCGGACGGGAAGGAGACGCUGAUCUACGCUGAUUUAGAUAUGAAUUAUUUGAAUCGAGUAAGACAACAACUGCCCGUAGAGAAAAUACGCCGCAAAGAUCUGUACCAUCUUACUUACAAAUGGUAGACUAUGUUGCAAAUGGUUGUGAAAUGAUUGUUAUAUACAAUGUAUAUAAAUACCGCCUAGCAUUCAUAUGACGGUGAAAUAUAUACCAUAUAAAACAGAAGUAGUGAUUUAUUGAAUGAUAUAUUGUGGUUUAAAAUAUUGGACGGAUACAUGGCUUCGUGACGUCAUCCAAUCCACCGUGAUUUUCCAUACUACCCAUAAUCCUCUGCGUCUCCGCACGUACAAACGAACUCUGGCGGAAGUUUGCGUGAUUUUCAAGAUACAAGAAAGACAUGUAUGUUGACAAUCAGUGGCUCCUAAGCUUGUUAAUGUUGAACUGUUGGAUCUAAGUAUUGAAAUUAGUAUUGUGUUCAUGUAAAAAGUAGCUUAAUUCUUACCAGGCAUCAUGCCAAUGUAUUGAAUCAGUAAUUAUAUUCACAUGCACUCUGUAUAUCGUACUUGAACGGAUUCAGUAAUGUAUAAUUAUGAGAAAGAUCAGUGAAAUAUGUAUGUAUAAAUGUAAUUAAACAUCAACUAUAUCAA